UUUGAACGCCGAAAAAGUUUCGUAAUGGGAGACGAAAAUUAUGUGGGUUCGAAGACAAUCGAUAAAAUGUCUACUUCAUCGUCGAUUGAGAAUGUUGAAAGGAAAAUGAUUUUGCUGAAAAUUGCGGAAAAUGAGAAAUCACAAUUUGACGAUGUCAUAACGGGCGCCGAAUCGGAUAACGGAUGGGAAGACUGCUGGAAAGAAACCGAGGACAGUGUGACAAAAACCAUCGUCGAUGAUGUGGAGAUUCCCGACGAAUGGGUGGAUGACUAUUCGGUUCCAGUUGCACCAGUCGUCCACAAGGAGCAAGAACCUCCAUCUGCACCACACAGCUACUACGAGCUGAUGGAUCUGAACGCGGAGCCAGUGAAUAACACUGUUCGUAUGGCCCGCGUGCCGUCUCAAUAUCAGUUGGAUGCACUGUCAGAGAUGUUUGUGUACGAUGUGCCGCAACAUUAUACAAUGAAAAAGGCGGAAACCUGUCAACCCGUGAUGAACAACGUCAUCUCUGCUGAUCAAGACCAUCCAGAGAUUGUUGCCGAUGACUGGAACACUCCAUGUUAUGUGAACUCUGAAUAUGUCUCCGAACUCCUUAUGUAAAAAAUAAUACUCAAUUGAAUGACUCGCUCGAUAAAUUUUUGGAAAACUUUG